GGAUUAUGAAAAGGAGCUGUUUAAUAAAAUUAACAAAAUAAUUAAUUGUGCAGAAACUCAAUCAGAAAAUAUCAAAACUGAUUACAUCAGAGAAUCUUUAUUGUUAAGACGCUUAAUUAGCCUGACUGACACAUAUAAGAAUGACCACAACGUUAUUAAUGAAAUAAAACUUAUUGCUAAUAAAGCAUUAGAAAAUAUGGUAAUAAGAAUAAAGCCUCAUAGCCAUAAAGAAAUUGCUGAGUUAUCAAUGAAAAUCUUUGAUAGUAUUAAAUCAAGAAUACAACAUGACAAUCUUGAUAAAUUAUACGCAUUAAUUUGCGAAAUUCUUUUUUAUAUUUCUGAAUUUGGAACAAAUGACAUUAAAUGGAUUAAGAAAUUAAAAGAAAUGUUGAAUGAAAAAGGUUCGUUUAUUCCUACACAUAAACAAAGAAAAAAAUCCAAUGUAGAAAAUGUAGAAAAUGUAGAAACAUAUAAUAACCAGUUUGCACUAAAGAUAUCUAAACUGAAAAAUAUUUUAAGCAAAAACGCAUUGAGUGAUCAAUUAAUUAAAACAUUACCUUUCUAUAAAAGUGAUAAAAAAUUGCAAGCAGUAGUAGAAAUGCUUGUUCUGGAUAUAAUGUCAAUUUUAAGCAGCUCAAACCACUUGGAAAAUAAUCUAUUUUUUUUAGACGGUAACGCUCCUUUAUUAAUUGGAAAAUGUUUACGUAAUCAUUUAGCACAUGAUAAUCCCUUAGUUAAUGUACUGUUAACUGAUCCUUCCGUAGCAGUUAUUUUGAACGCUAAAAAACUUACCGAAAAAAAUAUAAUGAAAAGCAAGGAAAAAAUUGGCAAGUUAGCAAGCAAUAAUUCUUGUAAGGUAAGAGAGAAAUACGAUCAAGAUUUAGAUGCCAUUACUAAUCAGGAAAAAAUAAAUGCUGCUUUAAAAGAAGGAAAUCUAGAAAGCUUAAAGGAUUGUCUCAAAAAAGGUGCAGAUAUUAAUGGUAGAAGUAUUAAUUCAUGGACCACGUUACAUUUUGCUGCUAAAGGACCCAGUCUUGAAAUUAUAAAAUUUAUUCUUGAUCAAAAUUUAAACGUUAAUGUGAAAGAUAUUAAUGGUCAAAGCCCAUUACAUAUUGCUGCUGAGCAUGGAAGGGAAAAUGUUGUAGAAUUUUUUAUAAAAGAAGGUUCAUGUAUUGAUGAUUUAGAUAAUAGUCGCAAAACGCCACUACAUGUCGCUGCUCAAAAAGGUCACAAGGAUAUUGUUGAAAUUUUAUUAAAAAAUAAAGCUAAAAUUAUUGCUCAAGAUGAAAUUGGUUUUUCACCUUUACACCAUGCAAUAGUGAAUAAUCAUAUUGAUGUUGCUAAGAUUUUAUUGAAAAUAUAUGUAAAUGUUGAUAUUAAUGAAACUAUGGGUUGGUACCUUACCCCGUUGCACGCAGCUGCAAGCACAGGUCAUCUAGAGUUAGUUAAUUUCUUGCUUCAAAAUAAUGCAGAUGUAAACACUAGAGAUGAUGAAGAUUGGACACCGUUACACGGAGCAGCAAGAAACCAUUUAGAAGUAGUAAGAGCUUUAAUCCUAAACGGAGCUGAUGUUAACGCUAGAAGCCUAAGUGGUUUUACACCAUUACACUGUGCAGUAGAAAACGGUCAUGAGAAGAUAGUUAAUAUUCUAUUGGAGCAUGGAGUUAAUGUUAAUGCUGUUGACAAAACCGGUAAUAAUACACCUUUGAACUAUGCAGCAAAAGAUGGGCACGAGGAAAUAGUUAAGACUCUACUGGAAAGUAAAGCCGACGCUAAUAUUGCCACUGUUGCAAGUGUGACUCCAUUGCAUUUUGCUGCCCAGAAUGGUCAUCUAGGAAUAGUUGUUGCUCUACUUAAACAUAGUGUUGACAUUUGUGCUAAAGAUCGAAAUAACAUUACACCAUUAUAUUGUGCAGCAAAAAGUGGUCAUAAGAAAAUUUCUGAACUUUUAAUAGAAAAUAAUGCAGAUACUAAUGCAAAAACUAAUAAUAAUUUAACACCACUACAUGUAGCUGCUCUAAAAGGCCACGAAGACAUUAUUAACCUUCUAAUAAAAAAUAAAGCUGAAGUUAAUGCAAAAACUGAUAAAGGUAGCACACCAUUGCAUCUAGCUGCUCUGAAAAGCCACAAAGAUGUUAUUGAUCUUCUAAUAAAAAAUAAAGCUGAGGUAGAAGCUAAAACUUAUGAUGGUACUACACCAUUGCAUCUAGCUGCUCUAAACGGUCAAGAAGAUGCCAUUGUUUCUCUAAUAAAAAAUAAAGCUAAUGUAAAUACUAGAGCUAUUAAUAGUUCUACACCGUUACACGCUGCUGUUGUAGAAGGCCACAAAGAUGUUGUUAAUCUUCUAAUAAAAUAUAAAGCUCACAUUGAUGUAAGAGAUAAUGCAGAUAAUACACCAUUACAUACAGCCGUGAAAGCAGGUCAUAAAGAAAUCGUUGAGAUUCUGGCAGCAAAUGGAGCCAAUGUCAACGUCAGAUGUAACAACAUGACACCAUUGCUUUCUGCCAUAAAAUAUAAUCACAAAGAAAUCGUUAAAGUUCUUAUAUCAAAUAGAGUUAAAAUUAAUGAAGAAGGCAUUAAACUUUUGUCACCAGCAGUUCUUGCUGGAUACACAGAUAUUGUAGAAAUUUUGCUGGGCCACAAAAUCGAUGUUAAUAUAAAAGAUUCUGAAAAUGUUGCAUCACUACACUCGGCUGCUACUAAAGGUUAUAAGAAUGUAGUAAAAGUUCUGUUAACAAAAGGAGCUAUAGUUGAUGUCAUAACUAUUAAUAAUCUAACACCAUUAUAUUUUGCAGCACAGGGAGGUUACCAGGAAAUUGUUAAGAUGUUAAUAGCACGUGGAGCUAACGUUAAUGUAAAAUCUGACGAAUAUUUUACACCAUUACAUAUAGCUGCAACCUAUGGUCAUAAUAAUGUUGUAAAAGUUUUACUUGAUAGUAAAGCAGAUAUUAAUGUUAAGGAUAAUAAGAAUAGAACACCUCUAGAAUUUGCAGUGGCACAUGAUCAUUUAGAAGUGGUUAAAAUGUUACUGCAGUAUGGAACAAUAAAUGUAAAUGCUAAAGAUAAUGAUGAUUGGACGAUAUUGCAUAUUGCUUCACAAAGAAAUAACUUACAGAUGAUAGAGUAUCUAACAGAUGAAGGAUUUGAUGUUAAUGCUAAAAAUGCCUCUGGUUUAAAACCUGUACACAUCGCAGCGAUAGAAGGUUAUAAAGAUAAUGUAGAGUUUUUCUUUAAUAAGGGGUUAAGUAUUAAUGAACUUGAUGCAGCUAAUAAGACAUUACUACACUAUGCUGCAUUAAAUGGUCAAUUAGAAGUUGCAAAGUAUUUGAUAACACAAGGCGCUGACGUUAAUGCUAAAGAUUAUAAUGGCUUAACUCCUAUGCAUAUUGCUGCUAAUCACGGUUAUGAAGACUUUAUUAAAGUUUUAUUAAAAAAUGGAGCAGUUUAUAACGCUGUUGACAAGUUUCAUAUAAUACCGUUACAAAUAUCUAAGGAUAAAAACGUUAUCAAUUUAUUAGAAUUAACUGAGAAAUUGUUUGAGGCUGUAAAACGUAAUGACUCUUCAGAAGUCAAGAAUUACAUUGAAGCGGGGGCUGUCGUUAACGCCAGAGAUGCUAAUGGAUUUACCCCUCUACAUUAUGCUGCUAAGUUCUGUCGCUUAGAAAUUGUAAAGCUCCUAUUGUCUAAUGGUGCAGUAUAUAAUGCAGUUUCUGCUGAUAAUAAAACACCGUCAAAUUUUGCUGUAGAUGAAAAUGUUACUAGCUUAUUUCAAUUACUGCGUGACUCAUUUGAAAAUAUUGAAAAUAAUGAUUCUCGAGUUAUUAAUGAUCUUAACAAGAUAGAGGAUAUCGGUACAGUAAAAGCAAUAAUGAAUGCUUGCGAUAGAGAAAAUAAAACGCUAGUAGUUGCUGCAGAGCAUAAUAACUUUUCAAAAGUCGAACAGUUGAAAGAGGUAUCACAAGGUGAUGUAUCUGCUCAGAUUAAAGUUGGUAUAGGGUUUUUUAAUAAAUGCUAUUAUCAAAUGGCCUUAAAUUUCUUCAACAACGCAUAUGAAAAAAGAAAAAAAAUCCUAGGGUCAGAUAAUCCUGGCACUUUAGAUAUUCAGACAUAUAUAGCUAAAGUAUUACGUGCACAAGGGGCUUACCAAAAAGCUUUAAAUACAUUUGAAGAAAUUUUCCAGAAACAGAAAGAAAUAUUGGGUUUGAAUGACAAGAAUACUUUAAGUACAAAAAGUGAAAUUGCUUUAGUGCUGCAUGACCAAGGAAGGAAUGAAGAAGCUUUUAAGAUUUGUCAAAAAGUUUAUCUAAAGCAAGAAGAAAUAUUAGGACCAAAUCAUUUAGAUACUUUAGAAACUUACUCUUACGUGGCAAUCGUAUUAGUCACACAAGGCAAACACGAAGAAGCAUUAAAUAUCUGUAGAACAAUUUUUAAAAAAAGAAAAAAUAUAUUAAGUGCAGAUGACCCAACAGUUUUGUGUAUUCAAAAUAAUAUAGCGGUGAUACUGGCUGAGCAGGGUAAGCUUGAAGAGGCAUUGAAAAUUUAUAAAGAUGUUUACGAGAGGAAGGAACCAGUUUUAGGUAUUAAUCACUGUAGAACUUUGACAGCGUUGCAUGACAUUGGUCUAAUAUUCUACAAGCAAAACAAUUAUUAUAAAGCCCUGAAAGCUUUUCAAGAGGUUUCAGAUGAAAGGAAAGUUUUGGGAGAAAAUCACCGUGAAACCUUGAAUACUCAAUACUACAUUGCAAAUGUACUUUUUUCCAGGGUAAAUGGAUUAGUGCACUUAUUGUCAGAGCCUAUGGAGGAUGUUUUGAUCAAAUUAACACUGCUUUUGGACCAAGUCAUCCCAUUGUUUUGAAUAUUUUAAACAAUAUAAAAUAUAUUAAGUAUACACUUAAGCUUGUUGCAGACUGCCAACCGCGACAUAUUCUACGGUAUCUGCAGAAGGACGUUAACAUUGCUGUUAAUAAUGGUGAUAUACGAAAUAGACACAAGAAUGUUGCGAAUAAAUUAUUAGAAAUGCUAAAAACGCCAGAUUAAUAUUAACAAGAUAUCCAUGCAGAAAGAGAUGUUAAAAUCUUAAAACUUUAAUUAAUGCUAUUGAAUUAUUUAUAUAUGU